AAGCCGGAGCAAGAUAUGAGAUGCAUAGGCGUAACACAAUUAGAGGUUUUGAGACCAUUUCUCUUAAGAAGAUUAAAAUCAGAAGUUGAAAAACGUUUAAAACCUAAGAAAGAAGUAAAAGUUUAUGUUGGUCUCAGUAAAUUACAAAGAGAGUGGUACACCAAAGUUUUAAUGAAAGAUAUUGAUAUUGUUAAUGGAGCUGGUAAAGUUGAAAAGAUGCGCUUACAAAAUAUUCUCAUGCAGUUAAGAAAGUGUAGUAAUCAUCCUUAUUUAUUUGAUGGAGCUGAACCUGGUCCACCUUACACAACAGACGAACAUAUUGUCAACAACUGUGGAAAAAUGGUUGUAUUUGAUAAAUUAUUAAAAGCAUUGAAAGACCAGGGUUCAAGAGUUUUAGUAUUCAGUCAGAUGACACGUAUGAUGGAUAUAUUAGAAGAUUAUAUGCACUGGUGAGGAUACAGUUAUUGUAGAUUAGAUGGACAAACACCUCAUGAAGAUCGUCAACGACAAAUCAAUGAGUAUAAUGAACCAAAUAGUAAAAAGUUUGUAUUUAUUCUUUCUACUCGUGCUGGUGGUCUUGGUAUUAACUUAGCUACUGCAGAUGUAGUCAUAUUAUAUGAUUCAGAUUGGAAUCCACAGAUGGAUUUACAAGCUAUGGAUCGAGCUCAUCGUAUUGGCCAGAAGAAACAAGUUAGAGUCUUUCGAUUGAUUACUGAAAAUACAGUAGAAGAAAAGAUAGUCGAAAGGGCUGAAGUUAAACUGAGGUUAGAUAAAUUAGUUAUACAACAAGGACGUUUAGUUGACAAUCAAAAAAAUGCAUUGAACAAAGAUGAAAUGCUCAAUAUGAUAAGACAUGGUGCAAAUCAUGUUUUUCAAUCUAAAGAUUCUGAAAUCACUGAUGAGGAUAUCGAAACUAUUCUACGAAAAGGAGAAGAAAAAACUGAAGAAAUGAAACAAAAAUUGGAGUCAUUAGGGAAAUCAUCUUUAAGAAACUUUACAUUGGAUGCUCCAACAGAAUCAUUGUAUACUUUUGAAGGUGAAGAUUAUAGAGAAAAACAAAAGUUAAUAGGAAUUGGAAGCUGGAUAGAACCGCCAAAAAGAGAACGCAAGGCAAAUUAUGCAGUAGAUGCUUACUUUCGUGAAGCAUUAAGAACAUCUGAGCCAAAACAACCAAAGAACCUGUUAUAUCAACAACAAACAUAAAACAAGUACUCAAUA